AUGUCAGAGCUGCAUGUGCCUCAGCAAGUCCCCCAGAGCACACAGCCCCUGAAAACUCCCAGACUCCCCAUUCCCAAACCUGACCUGGUCGCCCGGCUGGAAGCAGGGGAAGAGCCAUGGGUCCCGGAUCUCCAAGCCUCUGAGGAAAAGAAGGUCCCAAGAGACACCCACACAGCAGGUGACAAGACAAAGAGUGAGAACGAGGAGGAGACUCCACAGCAGGAAGGACCUGAGCAAGUGGAAAUACAGGGGACCAUUUUGAGAUCUGACAGUAAUUUUUCCCAGUGCUUGGAACAGAGAACAGCCUGGAGUAAUUGGCGCAGGUCAGAGAGGAAGCUGGGAAACAACCCAAGGGAGAAAGUGGAUGAAUCUAUUGAAUGUGGGAGAGGAGGCAAUGGUCCCAAGGAAACCACAGCCCAGCAGACAAAUCACACAAAAAAGAGAUCCUAUAAAUGCUUGGACUGUGGGAAAAGCUUCAGUUGGCUAUCUGGCUUUAUAAAGCAUGGGAGAAUUCACACAGGAGAGAAACCCUAUGAAUGCUUGAAGUGUAGGAAAACUUUUAGUCAGCACUCAGGCCUUGCUAGCCAUGGAAGAAUCCACACGGGAGAGCGACCCUAUAAAUGCCUUGAGUGUGGGAAAAGCUUCAGUCAGCUCUCAGGCCUUAUUUGCCACAGGAGAAUCCACACGGGAGAGAGGCCGUAUAAAUGCUUUGAUUGUGGGAAAAGCUUCAGUGCACCAUCAGCCCUUAUU